AUGGAGGGAAAAAGCCGGCUUCAAGUGUCGAAGAGCCGAGUCUUCAAAAGCUCGAGCCACCUGGACCUCCAGACCAAGCGGGAUGAGGAAGAGAAGGUGAACAAGCCGAAGACGCCCAAGACACCAAAGACGCCAAAGACACCGGGUUCCAGAGAUGCCAUGCAGGCGACUCAGUUCGCGAAGCAGCGCAUCGCCGCCAUCAAGCGGUUCCUUCCCACGCCCGUGUCCGCGCAGAAAGCUCUCAAGGAGGCGCUGGAAGCCGAGGAGGCUGAUGUGGCGGGCGACGUCUCCCUGGCCGCCUCCCGGCCGCCGGCUCCGGAGCCGGACCCGGAGCGGCUCCGAGCCCUGGAGCAGAGCCUGCUCUUCGAAGGCUGCGGUUCCGAGUUCCUCGAGGUCCUUCUCCGAGAGUCGAAGCGGAAGUUCUUGGCCCCUGGUGAGGUCUUGAAACUCACGGACUGUGGUUCGUUGUACCUUGUGGAGACGGGGGCCGUUCGCUUCCAGGUGGGAGACGAGAAACAGAUCUCAGUUCAGGGGCGUGGCCAGUUCAUCAACGGGGCCGGCUUCCUGCGCCUACUUGCCGAGGGGAAGGUCUUCAAGCAGCGGCUGGGAGCUGGCGGCCUGGCCUUGCGGCCGAAGGCAGCUCGACAGCAAGGCUACGAUGUUCACGGCUACAGCGGAUUGCCGCCUGUCAUCUACGUGGAUUUUCGGGGCCCGCCACAGCAGCCGGAGGAGUAUAGUGGGCCAGAUGAUAUCACCAUGGCCUUCUUCAACACAUGCCCGUAUUCCUGCAGGAUGAGCUCUGACCCUCCAAUGGCACAGGGCUGGCUGAGCCUGACAGUCACCGGAGCAGCAGCCGGGGAACAUCCUGCGAAGGCUGGUGCGGCUCUGCCAGCAGGUGGAGCCACGGUGCUGGCGUUGCCGCCUUUGCAGAAGAUUCAAGACAUGCUCGAUCGUAAAUUGGGGGAGGCUGAAUUGUCGAUGAAGACGCUCGGGAACUUUGGCAUGAACUGCGAAGAGGUGACUUCCGUCUGGACGGAGAUGAUGAGCCGGUUCAUCCUGACCGUGUUCCCUGGCGCACCCUUCGAGGCCGUGUUCACCCUCGCCGAGGGCUCGAAACGGUGCUUCGUUCCGAAGGGCUCGAACGUGGUGGCGGAGGGUGAAACCGGAGAGGAUGCAGAUGCAUUGGUCAUCAUUGUGAAUGGAGUUGCCUCUGUGCUCAAGAAGGUUCAAGAGGUGGAUGGCACGGCAGAGCAGCAGACGGUGGGACGUCUUCGAGCCGGUGCCAUCAUCGGCGAUAUCAGUCUGAUUGGAGCCCUGGUUCCUCGGCCUGCGUCCGUCCGUGCCAAGACCGACGUGGAGGCCGUGGUAAUUCCGGGCCGUGUCAUUCUGAACGUGCUGGCAGUGUACCCUGCAUUGCUACAUCCUGCGACAGACCGUCUCGUGGAUGUGGCAGAGUGCAUCAAGGAGCGCCUCCUGACGAAGACGGAGGUCGCCAGCUCGCUGAACUUGUUCUUCGGCUGUGACCUGGGCUUCGUCAACGAUGUGGCCAGCAGCGGGGAGCGGCGCCUGCUCUUCGCUGGAGAGACAGUCGUGCAGCAGGGGGGCACUGCCGGGACCCUCUUCGUGCUGGAGCACGGCCGUGUGAGCAUCCAGAUCGCUGGGCUUGGUACCGUGAACGAAGUCCCGGCCGGAAACUGCUUCGGUGAGCGGACGCUGAUCGGCAUCGCCAAGGAGGCGAAUGCUACAGUCCGGGUGUUCACUCCCUUUGCGCUUGUCCUGGCGAUUGCCAGGCCGUCUCUGCACAAGGCCCUCAAGAAGCACCCUGUUGAGACGGAGCACUUUGAGAAGCUGAAGACCGCCCAACAGGGUGGCCGCAUCUCGGGCAGCAAGGUUCGCCAUGUAGAGCUCUUCCGGGCCUGCGGGACGGGUUUUCUGGAAGCCUUGAACGCCCGCGUGACGUCGGCGAUGUACCUGCACGGGCAGACGGUGGUCGUGGAGGGUUGCGUCGAGCAGGAUCCUUGCAUGUUUGUGCUCUCAGGCGGCAUCGUGGUUGCUGAGCGCAGCGGCUGCGCCAUCGCCCGCAUCUCGCCUGGGGCGACCUUUGGCGAGCUGGCGAUGUUGGGCCAGUCGCCUGAGCGUGCUGUGACUAUCCGAGCCGUAACGCUGUGCUUCGUGAUGAGCAUCCAAUCCUCGGUCUUUCAUCAGGCUCUGGAGCAGUUCCCGGAAGAGAAGGAGCGCUUCAGCACUGACAUGCUGGAGGGUCAGAAGGAGGGACCCCGCGUGGUCUGGCCUUGCCUUAGAGGAGAGUCUUCGAGACUGCUCUACCUGCUGGAUCUCUAUGCGGAGAAGUUCUCAUGCGAAGCCGGCGACAAGCGCCUUGGCCAAGCGCCUCUGAACGAGGCCGCAAUCCUGGUGCUCGACGGAGAAAUAUCGGUGCUGACGCAAGAAGGGGAGGAGCUUCAGGUUCUGACGGCUGGCUGCUGCUGGAACGAGCGCAUCCUGGCCGGAGCCAGAGCCAAGCAGACCGAGCGCUUGGUUCCCAUCACCUUCUGCGAGGUCCGGGUGGUGACCCGCGAGACCUGGGGCAAAGUGAUGGCCGAAUUCCCAAGCGACCUGGGCAAAGUGAGGGGCUCCAUCCUCCGCUACAUGGGCGAGCAGGCGGAAAAGCGCCUGGGCUAUCCGCCAGGGUCUCCGGCCCUUCUGCAGGAGAAGACGGCGUUCUUCUCGGCCGUCUCGCCAGAAUUUGCAAGGCUAGCCCGUGAGAUGGCCGAGACGAGGAUCGUGGAGCCUGGAUGCGACAUCGUGCCAGAGUCGCUGGUGAACGAGGUGGUGAGUCGCCACGUCGACGUGGAAACAGAGACCGAGACGCUGGAGAAGUUCCAGAUCAUCGAGGAGUCCAAGGAAGGUGACGAUGAUGAUGAUGAAGAGAACCAGGACGAUCUCGUGCAGGAGAUGUACGUUUUCCUGCAUGGUGUGGCCACUUACUUCAGUUCUUUGACCGGCGAGCGGAGCUGGAGACACGGCGAGGUUAUCGGCGAGGGCGCCUUCGCAGGAGCAACCAGGUCCUGGGAGAAAGCCAUUCAUU